UUGAAAAAGGAACAUUUUGUUUAUAUAUGGCUGUGGCAGUAUUUGUUCCCAUUUCAAUUCACUCUCGGUGUACUCGGCAAUAUACUCAAUCUGUGUGUGCUCGUAUCCGAUGAGACUUCUAAUGUCGCUAGCGACCUGUUAGCAGCUGUCUCAUUCUGUGACUUGGCGUUUCUUUUGGUCAUGUUACCGCAUGCACUUUCCUCUUACGAUAAACUGGCAUUCAACGACAACUUUCGCUUAUUCUACCUUAAAAGUAAACAACAUAUCGCAGCCGUAGCCAACUGGAUGAGUGCUUCCGCCAUUUGGUUGAUUCUAGCAGUUUCUGUUGAACGCUUCUUGAUAAUUCGAUCACCGUUGCGGUCGAAACUCUACUGGCAGCGCGGGAAGAUGGUACUCGUUCUCAGCUCGAUCUUCUUCGCGACCGGAUUGCUAACUCUUUAUCACCAUUUCGAGUAUGACUGCACACUGAUGGAAUUUUGCAAUGGAAGCCAACUUAUCGACUUUUGCUACUACGCGGGCGAGAAACAUCCUAGGACAUUCCUCAAGAAAGAAUUGAUUCUUCCCAGCGCGGUGAAAAAAGUCUACAUGCGGGUCAUGACCAUAUUCAAUGCGGUGCUAGUGGUUUUCGCGCCAAUAGUUCUAGUCAUUCUACUUAACAUGCUAAUGAUGCGAGAACUCCGAUUCAACGAUCUAUCCAUUUUAGAGACGUUUCGAGGCUCAAUCACAAGAAAUCAACAUCGUCAACGUCGUCGCGUUACGGUGACAGUUAUAGCGAUUGGAUUGUGUUUCUCAUUAACUCAAGGACCAUCGGCAGUAAUGGUAAUAUGGGAGUUGUUCGCCGGUUACGCACAUCUUGGUGCCACGUUUUAUGCCAUAUUCAGUAUCACCAACAGUCUCGUCAUCACAGGGAAAACGAUCAACUUCAUUCUGUUCUGCCUCUCGUCGGAGCAUUUCCGACGAAAAUGCUUCAUUUUGCUUUUUCGGAAGUUUCCAAAGGUAUGCUUCGAUGAUUUGCGUUCGCAGGUCGUAAAUCGCUUCACACAGCCUCAAUUCCUCUUUUUCUCAUUAUUUAGUUGA